AGAUAGGCAGCUUCGGGUCUGGUUCGUGCUUCCCUCUGUAGAUCAUAUCAUAUUAAUUUAUUCAUUUAUAAGGUCUCAAAGAAAAGAUUCCUUCCUAGUGAUAAGGUAGAGCGUAGAGAGCUAUAUAGAUUAUAUAUAAUUACAUUUACAAGAAAACAAGUGUCUCACCUCACUCACACUUUUAUAUGUUGGUGGCUCAAUAAAGUGGAAAGUGGAAAGUGUAGAAUCAUCAUCUUACAUUAUUUUCACCAUGAUACCUUCUAUGGGGAGUCUCUCUUCCUCCUUCACAAGCGUUCGUUCGGCCUCAUCAUGGUUCGAGGUGUAUGCUGCAUUCUCCACAUUCAUGAUGCUACUAAGAACUGCAAUCAACGAUCUGAUACCCCACCAAAUUCGGUCUCUCAUCGUCUCAAAGCUCAAGGCGUUCUUCUCAGACCACCAACGCAACAACCAGGUCUCGCUUCAGAUAAACCAGUCGUGGGAUGGCCAAACCAACAAACUCUUCCAAGCCGCACAAGAGUAUCUCCCAGCAAGAAUAUCCCACUCUUUCAAGUCCCUCAAAAUUGGCAAAAUCCCAAAGCAUAAGAACGUUGUUGUGGCCGUGGAUGGAACCCAAGAGGUGGUGGAUCACUUCCAAGACAUCAAGCUUACGUGGAAGCUUAUUGAAGAAACCUCCAACAAGGAUUCUGGUCGUGAUUUUCCAAAGAUGCACAGCUUCGAGAAGCUCUCGUUUAAGCUAACCUUUGAAGAGAGGCAUAGAGAUGUAGUAAUGAGCAAGUAUAUUUCACACGUUCUGAGCACUUACGAGGCCAUGCAAGCUGAGCAGAAGACCAUCAAGAUCCAUUCCAUUGGUGGUAGGAGUUGGAGGAAAAGUGACUUAACGCAUCCAGCUUCGUUCGACUCACUUGCAUUGGAUCCUGAGCAGAAGAAGGACAUAAUUGGUGAUUUGGAUCGGUUUUUGCGGAGGAAGGAACUGUAUAAGAAAGUGGGGAAGCCUUGGAAACGUGGCUACCUCUUGUAUGGCCCUCCCGGAACAGGAAAAUCUAGCCUUAUUGCAGCCAUGGCCAACCACUUGAAGUUUGAUGUGUAUGACUUGGAGCUAAGUUCUGUCUAUUCUAAUUCAGACCUCAUGCGAGCCUUGAGUGAGACAUCUAACCGCUCCAUCAUCGUCAUCGAAGACAUAGACUGCAACAGAGAGGUGCAUGUUCGAUCAACAUCAAAGGCUCCUUCGGAUUCAGAUUCAGAUUCAGACUAUGACCGCAAGCAUCUCAAGGUUAAGACAGGCAGGUUUACUCUGUCGGGUCUGCUUAACUACAUGGAUGGGUUGUGGUCAAGUGGUGGAGAGGAGCGAAUUAUAAUCUUCACUACUAACCACAGAGAAAGAAUUGAUCCUGCGUUGCUGCGCCCUGGUCGUAUGGACAUGCAUAUUCACUUGUCCUUCCUCGGAGGCAAGGCAUUUCGAAUCCUAGCUUCCACUUAUUUAGGCAUUGAAGGACAUCAUCCACUGUUUGAACAAAUCGAUGGUCUAUUGGACAAAUUACAAGUGACUCCUGCAGUAGUAGCAGAGCAGUUAAUGAGAAAUGAGGAUCCCCAAGUUGCUUUGGAAGAACUUGUUAAAUUUCUCAAACAAAUGGACAAGGAAAGCCUACUUUAGAUUUAUGAAUGAAUGUUUAGAGCCUUCCAGUUUGUAAUGUAUCACCACUGGGAUAAGAGGCACAAUAAACAUGAAUGCCUAUUGCUUUUGUAAUGUUUAGGCUGGGUAGUAGUAGUAUUCAUAUGUGGAGAAGUAGCCAAGAUUCUGAAAUCUAUAAUAAUACCAAGAAUAUAAAAUAUGAUACUGUUUGGAGGGGAUUUUUUAUAUUUUA